UUACCUUUUAAAAUAUUACAGUUUUCGUAUAAGAAUAUUUAUUGACCGUUUUUUUUCGUAGGAAGUAUUUUAGAUUUACGGAAACAUAGAAUAUCAAAAAAUACGCAACAGAAAUGAAUAUUUCUCCAGCAUUAUUCGCCUUUAUCUUACUUUCAUCUCAAGCUCUUGUACUGGACGCUUUGGACGUAAAUGCAGCAUUCUACGCAGUGACUGUGCAAGUGAACACCGGAGUGAGCGUUUUCAACGAGUUUGCCGUUAGCGCCGCACCAAGUCCCGCAGAUGCCACCACUAACAUCCCUGCCGGCGCAACACAACAUGCGAGUCCAUGCGACACCAGCCUAUAUGCGGGAAGCAAGUUCACCAACACUUAUCCUUGCGCAAGCAACUCAACGUGCACAGUAAUAGCUUCCUCUGUCUUUCAGUGCAGGUGUAACAAUGGUUUCAAUCAAACAGCCAGCACGACCACUUUUACACCGGCAUCCACUGGUGUAACUGUAACUCCAGAUGGGACAAAUUGCCCAGAUAUUGACGAAUGCGCGAGCGGUGCUCCACUUUGUGGAGUUGGAGCGUGUGUGAAUACAAUUGGUUCGUACACAUGCAAUUGCCCUGGCGGAUACACCUUGAACAUGACAACCCUGAUUUGCGAUGAUGAUGACGAAUGUACGCUUGGUACACACACAUGCAAUGCAAACGCAGUAUGUGUGAACACACCCGGAAGUUUUACAUGUACCUGCAAUUUAGGGUAUUCAGGAGACGGUUUUACAUGCACCGAUUUUGACGUAUGUUCUCACGUCGGACCCAGUAUUUGUGGCGGAACAGCAGCUGGAACUUGUGUGGAUCAGACCGGGAGUUAUAAUUGUACGUGCAAUGUUGGUUACGUACUCGACAUUGUAAGCAAUCCAACUUGCAACGAUGUGGACGAGUGUGCGACCGGCACCCAUACAUGCGACCCAACGCUCGCUACCUGUAACAACACUAUCGGUGGCCAUACAUGCGCUUGCAUCGCUGGUUACACCGGUACUGGAACUACAGGAAAUUGCGCUGACAUUGACGAGUGCCUCACAUCGCCGUGCGAUACAAACGCUGCUUGCGCGAAUAACGUGGGAAGCUUCACGUGCACUUGUAACGCGCCCAGCUUUGUGGGUGACGGUAUCACAUGCUCCGGGCUGGUGUUAAACAUAGACUUUAGAGCAGAGCUUGUAACAGGGGAAGACGCAUCAUCUCUGACGGUUGCCUCGCAGCAAUCAGCCGUCGCAACUGUGAUCAAGAACAUUUUGGACGAACUAGUAAGCACAACAACCUUUGGAUACAAUGCUACAGGGCUUACUGUCACUCUCGAGCAAUUGAGCGGCAAUACAACCAGCACAACAUACAUAGUCGUAAUAGAUGUCAUUGGUUCAACUGAUAAUAACGUUGGUUUGCAAGGGAGAUUCUCAGGCACAAGUUUCAGCUCUAUGAUCAAUGGAAAACCGGUUACAUCUAUCGAAGACUUCGACGAAUGCGAGGUAAACUACGGGAAUUGCUCAACGAAUGCUAUCUGCACCAAUAAUGACGGAGGAUUUGAAUGUGUUUGCAACGAUACACACGCAGACAGAAGCCCAGCAGGGCAGGCCAACGGAACUGUUUGCGAGUUGCCAACUGCUUUCAACUGUACACAAAAUGCCAUUGAGUUGAGAACAUACAUCCCAUACUUCGUUAAUCACAAUAUUGAUGUUUCGAAGCUUACCCUUGGUAGCUGCCUCGGUACUACUAUGGGCGACUACCACGUAUUCAGCGGAACAUGCGACCCCGUAGUUACGUCAACUGCCUCGAUUCUCACGUAUUCCUGGAAUCUUACAAACAUCAACAACUCCGCGUCGUUUGUUUUUGGAAAAUUUGCGAACAUACCGAUACAAUGUAAUUUCCCAGCAUCCAUCAAUGUUACCUUAUCUAUCAAUGCUACGAGAAGUGAAGUAGCGCAGCCUAGUGUAAGUAUUGGGAUCGGAGUUAAUGUGGAUUUCGAGGUGAAACCUUUCUUCGACGCUGGAUUGAACAAUGCAAUUGCAGGACCUAUCUCGACCGACACGAGUAUUUUUGCAAGGAUUGGAUCAAGCACGUCUCUUGCAUCAAAUGUGAAGCUGAUAGUGGACAGAAUACAAGCAGCAGCAAGCGACAACUCUGACUCGGUUGAACUCGUUUCGGGAGGUUGCGUCUCUCAGGAUCCAUCUUUAUCUGGCUUAUCGAAUCUGGUUAGUUUGUUGAAACAAGGAACUUCGAGCCAAGCACUCGUUCAAGUACCUGCUUUGUUUUUCCCGUCGGGAUCAUCGUCCACUAUAUACUCAUUCGAGGUGUCGACAUGCGUGGAAACUGGUGGUAUUGUCUGCGCACCUUCGUGUGGCGCAAUUGGUAGAAGAAAGAGAGCGACUGUAAUUAUGAGGCUUCGGAGGAAUGAAGAUUCCCAACACGGGGAAGCUCAAUUUGCAAUCGUUCGAGCAUUAGGCGACGAAACCUGCCGGAAAGAUUGCGGUGAAGGCGUAUGUGUGGUGAAUAGGAAUGCCGUAGAACGUGAGGUUUGCUGGUGCUCCAAAGGCACGAGGAAAACAUCGGAGGGAAAGUGUGUUAAAGAAGAAAUCGUUAUCCCGAACACUGGCACUGGCACUGUCAGUCAGCAAGAAGACAGAACAACUCUCUACGUUCUGAUAGGUUUGGGAAGUCUUGUUUUAAUUCUUAUCAUCGGUCUGUUGGUCGCUUUCUUUUGCCGCAAACGUGCUUCCAAUCAGAAGAACUACGAACUUGAUCACGUGAACACCCAUGCCAUUGAUUCGUAACUGAUCUCAUAGUCACGUGUCUGCUCUCAGCCAAUCACGCGGCCAUGAAUCUAAACGACGAUAACGCGUGUUGUGUUUCGAACUGACACUAAUUAUUUAAUAACAUGCUUUUAUAUCCAUAUAUAUUAGCUUAUACAUAGCCACUUUUAUUUAAUCUAUUCUUUUCCUGUAAUCUAAAAAAUAGAAUGCGCCUGUAACUUGAAGGUUCUUAUAUAAAUCAAUGUGUGAGCCAAAAGCGUCUACAGAACGCUUUUGUUAACUGUUUAAUAAUUGAAACAAUUGUAACUUCGACGAUAGAAAGGCAAACUGCACUUUUACAUGAAACGCAAUUGAUUUAAUUUUCCAUCUACAAUGAGCAAUGUUUUUUUUUCACCAUUCACAUGCCUUGAUACUUCACUACACUUAUAACGCAAACUGCCUUUCUUGAUAUUUUACGAUGUGCCUGCAAGUUGAUUGUUUGAGACCGAGUAGAAGGAUAUUCCGCCCCUGAAAUAUUUGGUGUACCAAUGUAGUCUUAUCAUAAACAAUAAAAAAAAUCAAAAAAUGAAAA